CCGUCCCGUCCCCUGCAGCCAUGGCCGAGGAGCAGAGCGAGCUGGACGAGAGGAUCAUCAUCAAGGACCAGCACGUCAAAGAGAUCGACCUGGUGAACAGAGACCCGAAGCGCAUCAACGAGGAUGUUGUCAAGGUGGAUUUUGAGGAUGUGAUAGCUGAGCCUGUGGGAACAUACAGCUUUGACGGCGUCUGGAAAACCAGCUACACCACCUUCACCGUCAGCAAGUACUGGUGCUACCGGCUGCUCUCUGCCGUGCUGGGCAUCCCCCUGGCCGUGGUCUGGGGCUUCCUCUUUGCCCUCAUCUCCUUCUGCCACAUCUGGGCGGUGGUACCCUGCAUCAAGAGCUACCUGAUCGAGAUCCAGUGCGUCAGCCGAAUCUACUCCCUCUGCAUCCACACCUUCUGCGACCCGCUCUUUGAGGCGCUCUCCAAGAUCUGCAGCAACAUCCGAGUUGCUCUGCGGAAGGAGGUCUAGGUCCCCACGCACACCCCAACCACCCUCUGCACAGGUUCCCCGGUCCUGCAGCGUGUCCUCUCCUUGGCACAUGGACCUCUGUGUCCUGCCCUCAGUACGCAGACCCCCCGUGCCCAGGGACCUGUGCAGCGCAGGUUGUCAGAGCUGCUUCUCGCUCCAGCUCAAAGCCAGAAGCUUUAGGAGAAGAGAAGCCCAUUGAGGCUCAGCAAGCAGCCCAGGGAGACCACCGGCAUCAUGCCAUGUUCCUGCAAGAGGGACUGCAGCAUCCCUGGACCGCAGCAUCCCUAGACCACAGCAUCCCUAGACCGCAGCAUCUCCUGGACCAUGGCCCUGGGCCACGACCUGCAGCUGCAGAUUGAGAAGCAAGGGUGCAGAGAUGCUGCUGGACAACAGACCAAACCCUGCCUGCUUCUCCAUCCCUCCAGUCUAGAACGACACUAUGAGAAAUACUUGCAUAUGAAUUAUUAUAAUUUGUUGCAAAUAAUUGCUAUUGUGGAAGCUUCUGUAUUAAAUCUUGCUGCACAAGAGUUUUAUGGAUAGAAUAGUGAAAGCUAAUUUUUUUCAUGUGUGUUUGCAUUUCAGCAGAGCUUUGAAAUCCGGAUCAAUUAGUGAAUGAAAUGUGGUGUCUGCCUCCUGGGAGUACGUGCUGGGCCUGGGCCACCAGCAGCUGCAAAACCACUUGUGGCAACGUGACACUCGCUGUUUAAUUACAGGGCAUCGUUAAGCUCUGUGAUGGGGCUGCAGAGUGGGCAGUGCCCAGCAGCGUUGAGAACAAAUGGCUUUGGGUGACUUUGCUUGGGAAAGGACAAGCUCGGCUUUAGGUGAAGCUUUGGCUUGUUUCUCAGGGGGAAUGUUCCCCAGGUGCUCGCUGCUCUGGCUCCGCAGAUGUGCAGGGGCAGAGGAAGGAGCAUCCUCCAGUACCCUGCCCGCUCCUGGGGCAACACUGGGAUGAGGGCAGAAAGCCCAACUGGGAGCAAUUUCCUCUGCUGUAUUGCCAAUUAAUUCACUUAGCCCAUCCUCACGAAGCCAUACUUUAACUCUGCAGCACUGAAACACUUUCUUGGCUCUGGCCUUAAGUGCUUUGCUGAAUCAGGGCCCAGGAGGUCUUGCUGUUCAGAGGUUAUUCUCAAUUGUAUUCAUGUGCUUUUUCCCUUUGGCUUCCAACAAAGACUCGGAGCCAGAGCUUCUUGCAGCGCCAUGCCAAGGACAAGAAAGAGCCAGAUUUUCUGUUGGUGUUCUUCCAGCGGCUUGGGAUUGCGGAUGUUCAUUAUCCCAUGGCAACGUAGCACCCGUGCUCCAGCGACACCGGGCCUCGGGAUGGAUGGAGUGAUAGAAAAAAGAUAUUUAGAUAUUUGUAGUGGAAAAAAAAAGUCUUCAAAAACAUUUUAUCAUGAGCAUUUUUUAAAGCUUUUUGUGGGAAUAAAAAUAAUUACAACCAA